AUGUUAUUUGGUGUUGAUAUAAUUUUUGAUUUUUUACUUGAAUAUAUUCCAAAUUGUCUACUUUCACUCAUCUUUACAAUUGUUAGCUUUUGUAUUUGGGAGAGCACUUCAUUGUCUUCGGAUUAUUUGCAGUUUAAUUAUUGGGUUGUUCAAUUAAGAAGGCGUCGCUCUGCUGUGAUAAUUCCAAUUGCCGACCUCGACAUCCUCAACGCAACUGAUUCUACAGCUUCUUCCUCUACUCCCAACACUCCAGCAUCUUUAGCUUCAGAGGAAAGUUCUGAUCAAUCCAGUGACGUUGUAAAUCGAUUUUUUGUUGUUCAAGCGCCUUCUUCUACACGAAAUAUUUCCCCUCAACUUUUGUCUGCUAUUUUAAACCAUAAUUCAUUUUCUUCAAUGAAUUCUCAAUUUUCUGGUGAACAAGAGGGACAGACGUUUUCUGCUUCUGACGCUGUUAACAAUUCACAAAAUGAAGAAAAUAGUGGAGAUAGAGAUAUCAAUACUUUGACAAAUUUGUCUGUCGAUUCAAUUUGUAUUCGAAUUAAAUUUUUGGAUGAUUCUUUAAAAAUAGUCCAAGCAAACAAAAAUGUAACUAUUGGGAAUUUUAAAAGACUUCACUUUUCUGAAGAAUUAAAAGAAGGAAAAAUUAUUCGUUUAAUUUAUCAAGGACGUUUAUUACGAGAUGAUUCUUCAACUUUGGAAUAUUAUGGGUUAACUGACCAAUGUGUUUUGCAUUGUCAUGUAGGUACUAGGCCUUAUAGUACAAAUAAUGUUGGUGGUGGUGGAGGAAAUGAGAAUAAUAAUAGAACUGGGGAAAAUGGAGCACAAAAUGGAGGUGGUGGAGGAGCUUCAUCAACUUCUCCAGGUAUUUUGGGUACAGGACCUCGAAUGGUUGAAACUGGUUUUUGGUUAAUUUUAUUCAAUUUUGUAUUUUCUUAUGCUUGGAAUUUGGUUAGAAUUGUUUGGGAAUGGGCUAAUAGACAAGAGGAGGAAGAAGCUACCCCAACAGGAACAUUAUCAACAUUUUUAUUUUAUUUCCGUCAAAGAAUUAGACGUUUUUUGAGUGUAUUUCUAGAUAUUUUGGUUGGUCCAGCUUUUGUUGCUGGUCGUCAAGGAGGAGGAGCUAAUCAACAACAACAACAAAAUAAUAGAAAUUUAGAUGAUACACGUUAUAAUAUUGGAAAUUUGAUGGCUUUAAUUGUUUUUGGUUUGUUUUUGUUGUUUUUGUGAACAAAAUUUGGGGGUUAAAAAAUUUUUUUUUCUUGGCUUCUUGCCUUGCCAAAAUUCAUCCUUUCUUUAUGGCAUAAAUAGGGUGUCCAUUUUACCUCUUUUUAGGGGCAUUUUCCACUUUUUUCGACCUUCUCGCCCCCUUUUUGCCACUUUUUU